GUGCAGAGGGCUGUUUCAGCUCUGAUAAAUGAUUAACUGAGGACUCACAUUGAUCCACACAGUGAUCUACGCAGUUAAUAUAUCAAAAACAAGACCCAGAGAUUCCCAGUGCUGAGUCUUCGUGCUGCAAGGCUGGGAUCUAAAAUGCAAGCAGUUGUCAAAAGCUUCAUUUUUGCCCUUUUGGUUUGUUCAUUCACCUCAGCGCAAGAAUGUUUCCGGAAAGAGCUCAACUUUCCAAAUAUUCAAAAAAGUCGCCUCGCUGAAAAGUAUAAUUCCGAAGAUUCAGUGAGAGUGAACUGUGAGACAGGCUACGUUGGAUUCCUUAAACUUAUCUGUGACAAGGGUGUAUGGAUAAAAGACACAAGCAGAGAGUGCAGAAAAAGGCCAUGUGGACACCCAGGAGACACGCCAAAUGGAGACUUUGUACUCAAAGGAGACACAGAGUUUGUGUUUGGAGCUACCGUGGAAUACACUUGCAGACCAGGGUACAUAAUGGCCAGCAGGGUCAACAUUCGUAACUGUCGUAGCCAAGGGUGGGAUAAUGCUGUCCCUGUCUGUGAAGUGGUGAAGUGCCCAGCAAUUCAAACAUCUGGAGAUUUGAUUGCAACAGGCAACACUGAGGAAGCAAGCUUUGAUGAUGUUAUUCACUUUGAGUGUGCAUCUCGUCAGAUGAUGCUCGAUGGACCAGAAAACAUUCAUUGCACGGAACGGGGAACUUGGAGUGAAUCUAUUCCAAAAUGCAUAGAAAUAAGAUGUAAGCAGCCUGCAAUACUACAUGGGACUAUUAAAGACGCUAAGGAGGAAUACAAAGAGAAUGAACAGUUAAAAUAUUACUGUGAAAAAAAAUACAGGCCCAGACAUGGAAUCCCAACGUGUCUCAGAAAUGGCUGGAGUAUAACACCAGAAUGUGAAGAAAUUAACUGUCUGCUUGGGCCGCCCACACGUGGAACAAGCACAAGCCCAACAGGGAAAAAUGUAUUCAGGGCUGGAGAGAGUGUAGAGGUCACCUGCUCAAAAACACACUGGUUGUUUGGAACAAAACAGACCAAACAGAGCAUUCUAUGCAAGGAAAGUGGUGAAUGGGAACGCUUGCCUGUGUGUGAGGAAAUUACUUGUGAUAUUCCCUUUGGCCAGCAUGUGUCUUACCCUGAUUACUACUUUGGUGGGGACAGAAAAUUGGGGGUGAAAAAAUCAUUCCGGUGUGAAAGUGGGUAUGUCUCACAAACUGGAACUGCCACGUGUACAGAGAACGGCUGGAUUCCAAAUCCACUGUGUACUGAGAUUGCAUGUCCUGAGCCAAGAAUUGGCAAUGCAAGACAGCUGGACUCUUUUGGACUCCAAACGUAUAAACCAGGUGCACGUAUUCGGUACCAGUGUCUGCAUUUAUCUAGAACGUUUGAGAUCACCUGUGAUUGGCUGGGAAAAUGGAAGUAUAUGCAGUCCUGCCCUGGGCCAGCUACAUGUCCAGAACCUCAUACGGUGAUAAACAAUGGUGCCAUUAAUGAACCUCAAAAGGUCAAGAGCAGCUACACAGGAGGAGAAACUGUGCAAUAUAAAUGUUCUGAGGGAUUUGUGUUUGAGAACGAAACCAUUGCCCGCUGUACUGGGAGUGACUGGACGUACCCAAACUGUAUACCUAAACCGAACGUCUGUGCUUCAUUCCGUUUGCAACAUGGACUCACACAUUAUUUCACAAAGGACACAGAUCCUCCCAGAACUGGCAUUUACUACUCAUGUGACGCAGAUUAUAAAACAUUUGAAUACACAUGGUGGGGAGAAACAAGCUGUAGUCCGGAUGCUUUGGACUACACACCACAAUGUAUACAAAGAAAUGAGUGUGGCCGAAUUCCCAACAUUCCACAUGGAAAACUAGCAUAUGACCAAUAUCGUGAAGGGAAUUCAGUCAUUGUCUAUUGUGAUUUUGGCUACAAAACAAACAUAUCUUCCAUCACAUGUAAAAAUGGACAAUGGAAGCCCCCGAAAUGUGAACGUCUAACAGGUGAUCACUAUAGUGCUCCUCCACAAGUAGAAAAUGCAGUCAUCACUGAAUACACUCAACAGGAACACCAAAUAGUGGUGAGCUUUCAAUGUCGAGAACAUUUUGAACUAAAGGGGAAACAGACAAUUUACUACAUAAGGAAAAACUGGGAUAAAACACCUACAUGUAAAUUGUCAGACUCUGCAUGUGAAAAACCUGAAACGAAUAUAAGCCGUGGCAUCAUUAAAGAUUCUGAAGAGAUCAUGGACUACUACGCAGGAGGAGAUACUGUGGAAUAUAAAUGUUUUGAGGGAUUCGUCUUUGAGGAUAAAACAUCCGCACACUGUACUGUCGGGAAAUGGAUUUACCCAAAAUGUAUUCGGUCACCAUGUCUAAAACCUGAAAGAAUACGCAGCGGCUCCUUGAAGGAUCCUCAGAAUGUUAAGGACUAUUACGCAGAAAAAGAUACUGUGGAAUAUGAGUGUUCUGAGGGAUACAUGUUUGAGGAGGAAAGCCAUGCCCGCUGUACUGCGCAAGGUUGGAUUUACCCACAAUGCAGAAGGUUACCAUGUCUAAAACCUGAAAGAAUACGCAGCGGCUCCUUUAAGGAUCCUCAGAAUGUUAAGGACUAUUACACAGAAAAAGAUACUGUGGAAUAUGAGUGUUCUGAGGGAUACAUGUUUGAGGAGGAAAGCCAUGCCCGCUGUACUGCGCGAGGUUGGAGUUACCCACGAUGCAGAAGGUCACCAUGUCUAAAACCUGAAAGAAUACGCAGCGGCUCCUUGAAGGAUCCUCAGAAUGUUAAGGACUAUUACGCAGAAAAAGAUACUGUGGAAUAUGAGUGUUCUGAGGGAUACAUGUUUGAGGAGGAAAGCCAUGCCCGCUGUACUGCGCAAGGUUGGAUUUACCCACAAUGCAGACGAAAGGCUACUACAGCAAAGCCCUCUGGGGGAGACUGCGGCCAGCCCCCACAGAUUGAAGAUGCUGUACAGGAUUUUAAGGAUCGAUAUGAGGACGGUGAAAAAGCUGAUUAUGCCUGUCCUGCAUUCUACAUUAAGGAAGGUGAUCUGACCUGCACCCGAGGCAGAUGGACAGGAAGUGGGAAGUGCUGGAAACCCUGCACUGUGGAUCUUAAAGCUAUGGAUGACCGUAAAUUACAGCUGAGGCAUAUAGACACAGAAAAAAUCUAUUCAACUCAUGGAGAUAAUAUUGAGUUUUCUUGUAAAAGAGGAUAUAGACAAGGGAAAGACAGUGUUCCUUUCCGUCAGCGCUGCACUAAUGGACACAUUGACUUGCCUGUUUGUGUAUAGUGGGUCACAGGUUCCCAUUAAAGUGCUGUGGGGAUUUAAUUGUGCUCUUCACUGCUUAAAGAAGAAUCAGUCGUUUUAACCUGCUGUGUUAAUAUUUAGAUGUUUGUGUAGUGAUAAAUAACUGAGGAGGCUGCCAUUCAGACUACAUUCAGAUAAACUUCCAUUCAGUUAACAGAAGAAUGGAUUGUGUGCAGUCAAACACAACAAAUGAUGAUGACCAGAGAGCUUCACUCACUUUCAUGAGCUAAAUAAACCAAUUAAAUGAAGACUGUAAAACACAGUGUUUGAUAUAAUUAAGAUUUCAACCAAAAUCCAUCUCCUGAGAAAUAUCAUUUACAAACCUAACAUCUGAAGUAGCAUUAAAGAAGAAGCUCUUUGAACUAUUCAUGGCUUUGCUUGCUGUAUGUUGUUUAUUAUUGUUUUCCAGCAAAAUUAAUAAAGCAUUUGACUUGUGAUUUGA